UCCAGUGUUGUUUACGUUUUCGGUGUGAUGUCAAAUGUCAAAGCUAAGAUUUAGAGUCGUACACUGAAACGUAAAUUGUGCGGAUAGUGAAAAGUGUGCGUGUAACAGCAACAAAAUAACAUCCAGAAUUCAUCAAUUAACAACGCGCAACUAACGCAGUCACUUAAAAAUACGCAACACAAGCGAUAAAUAACAAACCACGCCAGUUUUCCAAACCAAAACAUCACAGAAUUUUAUCGAUGGCUUCAGUAAAAGAUUAGAUUAGAUUAAAUUGAAUUAACACUUGUUCACAGAUCAUGACUGCGACACUUCGUAAUGAUGUGAAACGUGUCAGUUUAACAUAAGGUGCAGACACAAGCCCCAACAGUGACUCUGUGCAUGUAAAUACUUAUGGGGAAAGUUUUAUCAGACUGGCUUCAAUAAAAUCAGAUGACACGAAAACCACAGUCAUAUCCAGUGUGUCUUGUACACCUACUGUGUUUGGAAAACACUUAGCAAAUGUGCAGCUGCAGUCAAGUUUAGAACAGAAAGACACAACUUGCCACCAGUCAACAGGAGACUGUCCACUGCCAGCUAACAGCCACACUUCUGAACUGCCCUCUAUGACCACAACUGUAGAUGAUUUGCCAGAUGAGAUAAUGCUGGAGAUCUUCUCGUACAUGAGCGUGAGUGAAAAUGUAAACCUUUUGCAGAAGGUGUGCAUCCGUUGGAAGAGUAUUGCCCAAGAUGCUAAGGUGUGGUAUGACAAGCAAUAUGUGAUUGGGUACACAGUAACCGAUGAGGAGGCCAUAGCGACUUUCCGAGCAGCUCCGCAGUUGCGCACAGUGAUUGUGGAUAGAGAAGUUGAACCCGUUAUUUUUGAGGUUCUGUCUAAAAGCUGUCCCGAGGUCACCACACUGGAUAUCGAUUAUCGACAGACCUUACAUUAUACAAAAGCGAAGAAUCUGUUUGACGGAUGCAAAAAGAUCCGCACACUGAAGAUCUCGGAGAGGGGUCUGCUGGCCGACGCGAGGUUCGUGGACGCGGUUGCGGAACUGGCGCAGCUCCGUGCACUGCAGUUGAAACCUUACCACAAUGUGGGCUGCCAGGUCCCACUGAGAGGCCUCGCCGACAGGUGUCCACACCUGUGCGACCUGGACCUGGGCUGGCUGCACUACCGCCUGCAGGAGGCAGAGCAUUUCGUCAGCACCGAGGGACGCGCGCUCAGGCGCUUGUGCGUCAAGUGGACUACGGUCGAGAGGAGGAGCAUUGUCCCUCUGCUGGUGAAGUGUGCUGACACCCUGGAAUACCUGCAGCUGAGUACGUAUGACGUUGUAGAUGGAGAAGAUUUGGAAGCAUUCGUGGCACUGGGACGGCUUCACAACCUGCGAGAUCUUAUCUUCGAUAUGAUACACAAACGGAUACCGCACGUAAUUCCUGUGCCAUUUAUAGGUGGAGGCCUCUCAAACCUGCAGCUACUUGGUUUGUGGCGUAUCCCUGACCUGGGUAAUGAGGCAUUGCUCGCCAUCUCAAAGGGGUGCCCAAAACUGCGAGAGCUAUCAUUGAUCGCUUGUGGUGGACACACUGAUGACGCUUUCAAGCUGUUCCACCAGCUAAAACAGCUGGAAAUACUCAAAAUAUCCUACUGUGACUGUCUUCAUGGAGAUGCAAUUCGUCACAUAUCUGUGUUGCCAGCAUUGCGAACAUUGGAAUUCAAAGCAAUAAAAUUUCAGAAACUAGAGCCAGGUGUAGAAUGCUUCCUCGACAUGUCCGGGCUUUGCCGCCUUCACCUUGCAGACUGCGUAUGUUGGUCUAUACCAUUUGGCAAAUUUCCCGGACGACUGAUUAAUCUAAGAGAGCUGCACAUCGAUAAUUGUGACGGAGAUGAUGACGAACUGGACAAAAUACGCCAGCUGAUGCCCGAGUGUCACGUCGAAGGAGGCCUCGGAGCCCUUAUCACGGACAGUGAAUGA